AUGCUCGGUCACAAGCACUCCACCUCCGUAACUCAGAAUCUCAAGGCUCACCUCGCAACCGCCUAUAAUGAACUUGGGAAGGAGCUGUCGUCGAAUAAGAUAAGAGUGGUCGGUAAUUAUACCCUCGGCAAGGUCAUAGGCGAAGUCAUCGCAACUGAGGCAAACAUCUGGAUUGUCACCGAACUCUGUUGUGGAGGCGAACUCUUCGAUUACCUCGCUGAGAAGGGCCGCCUAUCAGAGGAGGAGACGAGAGUUAUCUUCGGCCAGCUGUGUCUUGCUGUGGCGUACUUGCACGAGAAGGGGAUCGUGCAUCGGGAUCUGAAGCUCGAGAAUGUCUUGCUGGAUGAGCGAUGUCGGGUCAAGUUGGGCGACUUUGGAUUCACGCGCGAGUUCGAGCGCGGGUCGCUGAUGGAGACGUUCUGCGGCACAACUGGAUAUGCGUCGCCCGAAAUGCUGCAGGGAAAGAAGUAUCAAGGUCCGGAGGUCGACGUGUGGUCACUCGGGGUCAUACUGUAUUGUUUGCUGACAGGAACCCUUCCUUUUGACGACGAUGACGAAUCUGUAAUGAAAAGCAAGAUAAUCAAAGGAGAUUUCGAGGACCCAGUAUGGCUCUCGCUGGAAUCUCGACAACUCUUCAAGGGAAUUUUGGAACAGGAUACAUCGACACGUAUGACAAUACCACAAAUCCUGGCCCAUCCAUGGUUCACGGUCAAGGAAUUCGGAUACGAACAGCCUGAGCAGCCACCCGACUUGUCGAUCCACGUCCCGGAGUCCGUCCGUUCUUCUGAAGCUUCCACCGCCCAAUCGGCAGCCUCUGAUCACACUUACCACUCUGCAUCCUCCGACUUUGAAUUCUCUACUCCUACGACACCUGAUGAUAUCUCUUCCAACGACCCGUUUAUAUACAAGGCCGAUGACGGACAACAGCUCACUCACCGCGAGCGAAACCCCAGCGAAACUACCCUUCGCAAAUUAAGCGAACAUCAGGAGGAUCUAAGCACGACUAUUCAUGACAAGCUGAGACACCCGGAGACCGUAGUAGAAGAGGAACAGGAUGACGCCAGUAAUCUCAUGCGCAGGACGCCUUCGCCUAUACCUGUGGCCGCAUCCAAUUCUGGCUCCGGGUCCAACUCGAAGGCACAGCCGCCUUCGUACCCUCUGCGCACACCUGCUCGUACCAAACGCCGCUCGGUGUCUUCUACUCUCUCUGACCCCGGCUCACCUACCGCUGAAAAGCUGCCCUCCCCCCUCCCGCUUCCCCAACCUCAUGACAUCAAUUUCUCGUCCCUCCUCAGCACUCCAGCCCCCAUCAUCUUUUCCACUCCCCAAGAACGUGACCUACUAAAUGGCAUGAGCACACUGGGCUUCGACACCGCUCAAAUAGUACAUUCCGUCCUUUCCGAUGCCUGUGACGCUGCUAGCGCUGUAUGGUGGAUGUUAAUGAAGAAGGCAGAAAGGAAGGCGUUGGAAGGUGAUACGCCAAAUGCUUCUGGUGCUGCGAGCGGUGCUACUACGGACGCUACCCUUGGACCGAAGAAGCACCCUAGUGAGCAUAGACGGAAGCGUAAAACAACGGUUGGAGUGCAGACUGACGAGGGGAGUCCUCGCAGCCUGGCCACGCUGAACCGCUCAGCCCCACAGUUGGCUUUCGUACCGCCCACUCCGACUCUGGCGCGGAAUACCACCCCUCCAUUACCCUCUACGCCUACCCGCUCUUCGAUGCUCUCACCGUCGCCGAGUAUCAUUACGGGAGAGUCCUCACGUUCCCAUCCCUCCACGCCGGCCAGUAGUCUGAAGGACAAGGAGAAUUCAAAAGCCCGAAAGAAUAGGUCUGGCAGUGUCAGUAUUAUGCAACGUGCUACCACGGCGCUGGAGGCUGCUGGGUUAGUGCGCAAGAAGUCUUCUGAGGGCGUUGGGAGGGAUGACAAGGAGAAGGAGAAGGCUGUGAAGGAGACGGAGAAGCGACCUGGCAGCGGCGACGAACCACGGUCGUCGCAAGCUAGUUCUUCCAAGCUAACCAAGUCUCCUCCUCAUAAGGUCUCCAGGGACAACCACCCUUCGACGCCUGAGCUGCGACAUCCUCAACCUCAGAUUGGCUCUCCUUGGGUGUUCGCUGGUAGCCCCUCUAGUAGACAAGAUCUCGGCGCUCCAACACCUGCAAAUUCACCAGGGGAUAUGAAGCCGGCGGAGUCUGGGAGCCAAGGAAAGGGGAACGCGCGUAAUCGGGCUAGUAUCUUGAGUACGUUCAGAUUAUGGUUCAACGAAGAGAGGAAAGGCAAGCGGAAAGAGGUCGUGAAUCCGCCGAAGGCACCUAGUACGCCAUAUAGACAGACGCCUGCCCAAGGGAAGGCGCCGUCGUUUGGUACGGGUAAGCGCAGGCGGAGUGGGUCUGGCGGAUACGCCGGUAGAAGUGGGCAUCGUCCUCAUCGUCCGUCCGUGUCCUCGCGUCGCUCCAGUAGCGUAAACUCUCGGAGAUCGUCGGUAGCAUCCAUCCAGCCUAUUCAUUUAGACUCGCCGCAGAUUCCAAAUCGUCCCUCCUUGGGAAGCCACACGCCCAAUUCGGAGAGAGGAGACCAUUCGUCUCGUCCUUCGUCCAUACGCAGCUUCACCAUGCAACGCCACCGCAAGUCUCCGUCAGCGAGUUCGGCUGGGUCGAUACACUAUCGUGGUGCUUCACCGAUGUCCAAGUAUCAUAGGAGAGCAGGCUCGGGAGGAUCUUCGACCACCAGGGUCGUUCGUCAGAUUCAUUCAAACCGCCCUCCACAUGUACGGUCUAACUCCACCACCUCUUCUAUACAUUCUCCUGCUUCGUCACGCCCAGCCUCUUGGUAUGAUCCCUCGGACGUCGACAUGCCGCGGACGGCGUCACCAAUGAAAGCGAGUUCACGGAGACUCCCCGAAGAUGGUGGUUCUCGACGGUAUGGAUCCAGUACAAAGUUUAUUGCUCAGAAACGGCAGGCACCUUUUAUGAGUCCAGGCGCGUCUUACUCAGGUUCCAUUGGGCGUUCUAGUUGGAAGAAAUCUUGGGGGUUGGAACCUCCUGGUUGGCAGACAAGGACAACCCACAUACCCGUUGAGGUGUUAACCAUCUCUCCCACUCCUGACGGCUCGGGCUUCAGAGACGUUAUCACUGGACGGCAUUCACUUAACCUAGGCGACGAGAGUGAUUGGGUUGACGAAGAUGACGACUUACCGGCGUUUGCGGGCGGCCUAGGGCAGAUGCCGACGUCUUUGGCAAUGGCGAAUUCCGCCUUUGCGCAGUCAAUGGCUGAACCCGUGGUUACUCUAUCUCCUGCGCCGAAAGGCCACAGGAACACCGGCAAGCGGAACAACAAUCGCAAUAAUGCAGGCGGCCUACGGCCGAAGACUGGACACUCUCCCGUCGAAAGGGUGUCACCUAUCCCCAUGGACAAUCAAAUUGAGCCCAGAGGCGGCAGGAGGCAGCUUCCGGGGCGUGCUGGACCUUCUUUCCGUGGUAAUGUUAUUCAAGAAGUAGACGAAGACGAAGAGGAGGAAGAAUGA